CCUCUCGUCAGACUCGCUCCACUACUAUUGAACAGUCUUUUUUACUCCUCGCGUCAUCAUGCUCCGCUCCCUUGUCUCUCGAGCUAUACCUAGGUCUGCGACGAGACCUGUCGCUCACGCUUCUGUAGUGCCAUGUCAGGUGCUGACGGCCGCAAAACACGCUCGCUACAACUCUACGAAGGUGGAAGAGCCUGUGACUCCUGAGAUACCAGCUGCGGAGGAGCCAAAAGCAGAGAAGCAGCGCGAUCGUCGCAAAGAGUGGCUGAGGCGUCAGGAUGAUCUCCAGAGGGACUGGGACGCGAAGGAACUGACCUACGAGGAGCUGAAGCCAAGAACAGAGCAGCCUACUCCGGACAAAUACCUAAUUGACGUCCGGGAGCCGGAUGAGGUUCUCCAGGGCUCAAUCCCAUCCGCGGUGAAUUUGCCUUUGUCCGUUCUUGCAAACUCCCUGCAUCUGCAUCACGAAAAAUUCAAAGUACGUUUCGGGUGGGAAAAGCCCCGGAAGGAUCAGGAAAUUGUCUUCUACUGUAGGAGUGGCAAACGCUCUGCAUCGGCCUGCGAUAUCGCUAAAAGGAACGGCUACACCAACAUUCUCAAUUACAAGGGUUCCUGGCUUGACUGGACCGCGCGGGAGGGCAUCAAGUCGUCGUAAGCUUCGGCCAUGUCAAAUAUGCCGUUGCAACGGGGAUGAACUGUGCUAUAAUAAGUAUCCUCAUGUACAGCUCGGCUGCGCUUUCUAGCAGACGACUGUUCCGCACAAGUGACCAGAUUACCUGGUCUGGUUCAGUAUACCAUCUUGCUUGUACAUACCAGUAUUCGGCAACAUCCUCGCCGGAUGCUGAUGCUUUUGUGUUAUAUAAAAGCGGUGUGCAGAAGGUUGAUG